AUGUCGCAAAGUAUCACAGAAAUGGUGAACACCUGUGAAACGUGUAGGACUCAUCAGAAACGACAAACCAGAGAGCCGUUACUUCCACACAGUGUUCCAGAAAGACCCUGGCAAAAGAUAGAUGUUGACCUAUUCACCUUUGGCCAGCAGGAGUAUCUACUCUUAGUGGAUUACUACUCCAAGUUCAUCGAGAUAACGGACCUCAAUUCAGCUCGCGUGAAUUCCAAGCUUUUGCAAAAGAGUGGGAGUUUUCUCACAAAACAUCAAGCCCCCACCAUGCUCAAUCGAAUCGAAUGGCUGAAAGAGGAGUAUAAACUCAUGCUAAAAAAAGCUAAAGCAGAUGGAAAGGAUCCGUAUUUGUCUUUGCUGAACCUUAGGAGUACACCAUUGGAAGACAUUGGAGCGUCACCAGCCCAACUGUUGAUGGGUCGACGCGGAAAAAACAAGGACUUCAGAACAGAACUCAGACCAGAUCAAUACCAACAACAAAAGACUAAAAAAAUGAAUCUAUUUCGCAGACUUCAACUUGAAAGCAGGCACUUCAAUAAACUGAGAGCUGCAGAUGUUCUUCAGAUAACUGAAUAUUCAUUACAGACUCAUGAAUCUUGUGCUGAAGAAGAGCUGGUUCAGAUUUUCAUACAGAAACUACUGAUGAUGAACUACAGAGCAAGAUACAUUCAUGUUAGGGAUCCCAAUGAACAUGAUCACACACAACAAAGAGGCAUUGACUUUUUUGAAGAUGAGGGUGAUAUAUUCAAAUCAAUCGUUUUGUCCAACACAAGAACAAGUCAAUCUGAGCGAAUCCACCCAUUGGAUGUUCAGAUGUCCGUGUUUCAUUGUUCUGAUGGUUUCCUGAAGCAGCUGAUAGUCACUAAACUGUCCCAGUGUCAGUACGCUCUGCCUCUGCUUGUUCCUGAUCCAUUCACACAUCAGAUUGAGUUUCCUCUCUGGACAUUCAGACAAAUCAACAAGAGCUGGAGGAUCAGAAACACCAGCAAUGAGAUCAUUAGUCAAAUCCAGCCAAUCUACAAGGCAAAAACUCCAGUGGUGUUUUUCUUCAGGUUUGGCUAUGUGUCUUCAUCCAAGUCAGAGAUGAUGAACAGUCUGAUCAAUGAGAGACACAACACAUUCUUCCACAGGAACUGCCCAGGCAGCAGCAGAACCAGAGUCCUGAUGGAUGGAGUGGUGGAGAUCGCCUGGUUCUGCCCCUCUGGGAAAAACACGGAUAAAUUCAGUGAGUGUGUUUCGUUCUGUAAUCUACACGGUGAUGCAGGAGACCAUGAGAAACAGCUGCAGAUCCUCACUGAAAUGAGCUCAGUCAAUGUUGUUCUUCUACCACAACUUCAGAGGAACAACAAAAGUGCAACAACAAUCCAAAAACUGUACAAAAAACAAAAGCCACUAAUUUGUCUUCUUACUGAGGAUGAAUCUGCCCUAAUUGAGAUGAAGAAAGGGAAAUUCAAAAUUGGUCUAAAAGACAGAAAUCAGUCAGAUGUUUCUGAAGAAAUCAGAACAAUCAUAAAUGAGUGUCUCUCAGAAUCAUCUUCCACUUUCAGACUUGAAGAUGUGUCCAAACACUCAGACAUCAGAGUAGAUGAGGAAGAUGAUAAAUACUGCAGGAGAGGAAGAGCAGCAGCACAGCAGAUGAUGAGUUUACUGGAGAAGAAAGAAGUGACAGAAAUCAAAGAAUUAUUUCUGCCUCAUCAGGGGAAACUGUGGCAUCAGUGGAGUCAGAAGAACAAAGAACUGCAUCGACCUCAAGGAUAUGAGAUAGAAAUGGACAUCAGUAGAAAACAUUCAGAAAUGAAUAAAAUUCGUAAAAAGCAGCACGAAUCUGACAUCAGUGAUUUUAUGAAGUUCUUUAUUAAAGAAAUGAACUCAGGUGAUUGUUAUGAGAAGACAUUUUUCCUUAAAUGCCUUGGAAUCCUCUUGGAUGAAUAUACAUCAGCUGACCUUUCUGCUCUACACCACAAGUAUAAUGAAAAAUGGUCAAGUGUUGUAAAACUUAAAAAGGAUCAUGAUAAAUCUGACCAGCUUAAGACUGAACAGACAGAACUUGAGAGAAUAUCUGACAAACUUCAAGCUGCAACCUUUGGUUUGGAGCACAUCAUGAGGGAGAUCAGUCAGAUCUAUGAAUCAUGUUCAUCAGUGAAGAAGAACAAGAAAGACCUGCAGGUUCACUUCUCUUCUCUCCCGAGUCUUGCAGCAGAGAUGAUGAUCUCUGGAUUUCCACUGGAGCUGAUGGAUGGAGAUGCUGCUCACGUUCCUCUGAUCUGGAUCUCUGCUGUUCUAGAUGAACUCAUCCAGAAACUGGAAGACCAGAGAGUCUUUGUGCUGUCAGUUUUAGGGAUUCAGAGCUCUGGGAAAUCCACCAUGCUGAAUGCCAUGUUUGGACUCCAGUUUGCCGUCAGUGCUGGCAGGUGCACCAGAGGAGCUUUCAUGCAGCUGGUCAAAGUAUCAAAAGAGAUGAAAAAACAAAUAAAGAUCGACUAUAUUCUGGUUGUUGAUACUGAGGGGCUUCGUGCUCUAGAACUGGCUGGAAGAUCAACAAGAGGUCAUGACAAUGAAUUGGCCACAUUUGUUGUUGGUCUUGGAAAUCUGACAUUGAUAAACAUCUUUGGAGAAAAUCCUUCAGAGAUGCAGGACGUUCUUCAGAUAGUUGUUCAGGCCUUCCUGAGGAUGACGAAGGUCAGACUGAAUCCCAGCUGUGUGUUUGUGCAUCAGAACGUUUCAGAUGUCACAGUUGGAGAGAAAAACAUGGAGGGAAGGAGACGACUGCAGGAGAAACUGGAUGAGAUGACAAAACUCGCUGCUGAAGAUGAAGUCUGUGAUGCAGAACGUUUCAGUGAUGUCAUUAGAUUUGAUGUUGAUAAUGAUGUGAAGUAUUUUGCUCAGCUGUGGGAGGGCAGUCCACCCAUGGCUCCACCAAACCCAAACUACUGUGAGAAUAUUUAUGAACUGAAGGAAACUAUUAUGUCUCAUGCAGCAAAAUCACAUGGAAUGACACUGAAAAAUGUAAUAGUGCGUAUUAAAGAUCUCUGGGAGGCUUUACUGAAUGAACGAUUCGUCUUCAGCUUCAGGAAUUCUCUGGAGAUCUCAGCCUACAGGAAACUGGAGGGAGAAUACAGCAAGUGGUCCUGGAGUCUUCGCAGUGCCAUGAUGGAAACUGAGAACAAACUACACAACAAAAUAGAAAAUGAAGUGAUUCAUGAGGUUAAGGAAACCGAUCUUCAAAAAGAACUGAAGGAGACAUAUGAAGAAGUGAAGAAAUCAAUGUCUGAAUUAUUUGAGAAAGAUAAAGAUGCAGAUAUACUGAUUCAGUGGAAAACAUCAUUUGAAAUCAAAAUCAAAGAGCUUCAGGGAAACAUUGUGAGAGAAACAAAGAGGAAAUUAAAUGAGGUUCUUCAGCAGCGAGACCUGAAGAAAAAGAUUGAUGCUCAGAGGAUAAAUCAUGAAAACACUCUCUAUGAAAAGAGCAAAGAACUCGCCUUAAAACUCAAAGACAAAACAAAUGAUGAAGAAACACUGAAGAAAGAGUUUGAUUUGUUCUGGGAAAAGUGUGUGAACAAUAUCAUCAGAGACACUCCUGCAAUCAGAGACAUUGAUGUAAUGAGAGAUGUGAGAGUGAUCCUCUAUGACGCCUAUGGAAGUGUUCCUGUAGACCACAACAAGAAGAGCAGGGAUAUAUUGACUGUGCUCAGUUAUUCAGAUUAUGUACAGUUUAAGAAGUCAAGAAAUAUUAUCAUAAAUUCCAUUAAUUCAACUAAAAAAAUGUUUGGUCAUGCUCUCUGUAAAGUGGGUGAAGCUCAAGUUAGAUCAUUAGUCACAGAUGUUGUUCAGCAGACAGAAAAAAUGAUUCAGUCAUUUAACAUUUCAAAAAUUGGCUACAACGUCAGCUACAUUCAACAACUCACAGACUACAUCAAGAAGAGAGUAACAGAACAUCAGGACGGACAGGUGAAAUAUUUGUUCAAGAAUGAAUUCUUCAUGGAUUUGGUUCUUUACAUCUGUGAGAGAUCAAACAAGAUCAUCACUGACCAACACAGACUGUUCAGAGAAGACAAUGAUCCUGUAAUACAUCUUGAGAAGAAGAGAGGAGAUUACUAUAGUAUUUUCCAGAAAUACUGUCAUGGAGCAACAUCAGCUGUUAUUCUUGGUGAGAUCAUCAGUCAGAAACUGAAAGAGCCCAUUGAGCAGAGUGUCUACAAGAAGACUGCCAGAGAUCUGGCAGAUGAAAUGAGAUCAAACUGUGAAUCACUGAAUGGAAACAGAUCAAAUCUGGAGAAACACAUCCUGAAGACACUGGCAGAGAAGGAGGAUUUUGACAAAUACAUGGACUACAUUCAUAAACCCAGAGAUCACUUCAAGAGAUCCAUCAGAGCUGAAGUCAGUCGGUACAUCACUGAUAAGUUCAGUGUCAGUGUUUUACCCAAGAUGAAGGAGAACUCUGAACUCCUGCAGCAGAAGAUCAUGAAAGCAGCACAUGAAUCUACUGAACAUGUUCAAGAGAACAGAGGAGAUGCUGGUUUGUGGUUGAAGAGUUUCACACAGCAGAUCUCAGAUGAGCUGAUCUUCUCUGAAAAAGACCUCAGUGGAGUCAAACAUGAUGAUGUUGAUGAUUUCAACCUUCUAGAAGAUUUGUUAAGAAAAGAACUUACUGUUAUAAUGGAUAAGAUCAGCAGUAGAUUCAACAUCAAGUCUUUCCCAGUAAAACUGGACUAUAUGUUCAGACCAGAUGAGCUUCUGAUUGAUCACUUCUGUCAGUGCUGUUGGAUUCGGUGUCCGUUCUGUAAAGUCAUCUGCACCAAUACUAUAGAAAACCAUGAUGAAGAUCACAGUGCUCCUUUCCACAGAGUAGAUGGAGUAAGCGGUGCUAAAUUCAGGGGUACAACAAACUUAUCUGUUUGGAUCUGCACAUCAUCUGUUGCAAGCAACAAUCGAUAUUUUUAUCCCAGUGCCUCAGAUGAUACAGUCCCAUAUAAAGAUUACAGAAGUGCAGGAGAAGUUUUUGCAAAGUGGAGCAUCACUCCUGAUCUCUCUGAACUGCCCUACUGGAAGUGGUUUGUGUGCAGAUUCCAGAAAGAUCUGGAAGAAUACUACAAUAAAACAUUUGAGGGGAGUGGUGAGAUACCAGAUGAAUGGAGAAGAUACAGAAAAAAAGACGCUAUCGAGAGUUUGGAUCAAUACAUGUAAUGGAGCAGAUGAAGAAUGAGACUCUUGCGUCUCCUCUCAGAUUCAGAUCACAGUCAGACAUGAGUUUCUCUGACAUUCAUCAGGGAAUCUGAGCUCAUCUUGUAGUAGUGGCUUCUUUUGCCUCUGUGAAAAACCACUCUUCAAGACUUAAAAUCAAGAAUAAAGUUGGUCUGCAGAUCACAACUUGUUUUGUUCACUUGUAAUAAAACCUGGCAUCAAAAAUCCAGAUGGAACUGGAAAGGAGCAGAAGAGUGGAAGACCAUACCGGCUGACUCGGUGAGCAACACAAACACAAACCUAGAGACCUAGAGAAGGUAAGCAGUUUUUUGCUUCCUUAAAUAGAUUGUGUUGGUUGCCAGAGUUUGCCCGGUGGGAAGGACACUUAAUAGGCUCCUCCAAAUUAAAAAAAAAAAAAAAAAAAAAAAAAAA